AUGGCAAAAGUGGCAAACUUUAUGUUGCUUCCAGCGCUUUUGGCGCUUCCAGUAGCUGCCUCUCCUUUGCAAAUUCAGCCUCGUUCCAUCAGUCCACCCGAAGGAUGUCCGAUUCCAACAUGGACAGUCAAUAAUUUCCAGUGGUACAAUGGGUCCAACAGCCUGGAUUGUAUCCACAACCAAGCCGACAUCAACGCCAAAGGAUGUCUUUGCGGAAACUCAUGGUGCAAUCCUGAUCCUGCGACCUGCAAUGGUACUAUGGUCAAUUUGUGUUAUACUGGUUUGCCUAACUAUGAACCUUGGGGAUAUGGCCCACUCGAAACGCUAGACAUCGCCUUCGAAGACGGCCUCACCUGUCAUGAUCAGUACAUCGGGUAUCGCAUCCAUGACAUCGGAAAUGGCGCGAGUAACUGUGGGUAUGCUGAUCGCGGUGCUGGGCGAAUUGUUGCUUUCUAUGGAACAUCCAACUUAGAAAGUUCAACGGCACAUAUGGAUUACACUCUCGGAGCUGGACAUGCACUCAAAUGCAACAAUGGAAGCAGCAUUACAUACUCAGGGAGUACGGACUUCCAACUCAGUUGUACUCAUGACGCUUUCUUCAACGCCACUUGCACGGCACCAAUAUUCGAGAUCCCAGUCCUUAGUUACCAAUGGGUUUCGUAA